GAGGAAGUGGGCCAACAACAGACCCACAUUUGGAAAGGCAGUUGAAUUUACAUUCUGUUAGAUGUUUUUUAUCAAUUUACCCCCUGCAAAAGGACCAACCUUACAAUCAGCAGAGUGAAAUGUUAUUUAAUUUCUGGCUUCCGUUUAUGUUCAAACUAAUUUCUAGCAACACUAGUAUGUAAAUCAUAGCAACGCGUAAACACUAGCGUUGCUAAAAGCAGCUAAUCUACCCAAUCGAUCAUUUGUGCAGCGCGUUGGCCGCUGCAAUGUUUGCGGCCUGGAACGUACCGUAGUUGACGCGGUGACGCAACGCCAUUAAUCCCAGAAACACGCUACCAGGAAUUAACAGAGAGAAGAGAAAACCGACAGGAAUCAAUCGGGUGCUUCUGUUACCAAGGGAUGUUGUCUUAUUCAACAGUAGACAGAGGAUGUUAAGAGUCAAAGGGAGAGUAGUAGGGAGGAGUAGAAAGGACAGAGGGUAAGGAGGAGAGAGGGUAGGGAGAAAUAGAGAGGAGGAAGGAAUAGAGGAGAGAGGGUAGGGAGGAAUAGAGAGGAGGAAGGAAUAGAGGAGAGGGGGUAAGGAGGAAUAGAGAGGAGAGAGGGUAGGGAGGAAUAGAGAGGAGGGAGGAGUAAAGAGGAGAGAGGGUAGGGAAGAGGAGAGACGGUAGGGAGGAAUGGAGAGGGUAGGGAGGAGACGAGAGGGUAGGGAGGUGUAGAGGUGUGCUGUGCAGGGGUGAGUCAGUAUAGAGGGAGAAAGGGGGAGUAUAUAGAUAGAUAGAUAGCUUAGCUUGGCUGUUAGAAACGGAUGGAGAGAGGAGAGAGUGGAGUCUCCUGGUGUGUGUGAGGGGCGAUCAACACUGGGCAGACUUGGAGCAGAGUGACGCAGAGAGGAAUUUAACACUGCUCUAACACACACACAUACACACACACACACGGCUGAAGCCAGGACAAAAUCAUAGAGGACCGAGGGAGAGAUUGUAGGACGAGUGUGGGGUGAGCAGCAGCCAUGGCAGAGAACUCUAUGUACCAGCGUCUGUCCUACGAGAGAGAAGAGGAGGAGGAAAAGAAGGAAGAGAGGAAGGAGGGAUUAAUGAAGGAGAGAGGGGAAGAAGAGAUGAUGACGGAGGAGGGGACAGAGUGGUUGGUAGAUCUGUUAACAGACGUUCAGCUGCAGCAGUACUUCCUGCGUAUUCGUGAUGAGCUGAACGUGACGCGCCUGUCACACUUCGACUACGUCAAGAAUGAAGACCUGGAGAAGAUCGGCAUGGGGAGGCCAGGACAGAGGAGGCUUUGGGAGGCAGUCAAGAGGAGGAGAGCUCUCUAUAAACGCAAGUCCUGGAUGAGCAAGGUACAGCACACACAGGUGUUUCCAGGGAAACGAACUGACUCUGACUUGGACCCCCAGCAGCUCCGGGGGGCGUUGCCCAACUUAACAACUCCAGGGUUAACCCCGUCCAGCGAUGGGAUGGGGGCAGCCCUGACCUGUCUGAUCCGAGAGGCGGAGCUACAGCUGUGUGAACGACUGGGAGACGGAACCUUCGGAGUCGUCAGGAGAGGAGAGUGGACUGGAACCACUGGACAAAUGCUGUCAGUAGCAGUGAAGUGUCUGAAGACAGACAGUGUGUUGGACACUGAGGGGUUGGAUGAUUUCAUCAGAGAGGUGAACGCCAUGCACUCCCUCAACCACCAGAACCUCAUACGGCUCUAUGGAGUGGUGCUCACACACCCCAUGAAGAUGGUGACGGAGCUGGCUCCUCUUGGUUCUCUGUUGGAUCGUCUGAGGAAGCGACAGGGACACAUCCUCAUCUCCUCUCUGUGUGGCUACGCUGUACAGGUGGCGUGUGGAAUGGCAUAUCUAGAACAGAGGCGAUUCCUCCACAGAGACCUGGCGGCGAGGAACGUCCUGCUGUCAACCAAUGAGAUGGUGAAGAUUGGUGACUUUGGCCUGAUGAGAGCACUGCCGUCACACCAGGAUACAUACGUUAUGGAGGAGAGCCACAAGGUGCCCUUUGCAUGGUGUGCUCCAGAGUCAUUGAGGAGCAGGAGUUUCUCUCAUGCUUCAGAUACUUGGAUGUUUGGAGUCACUUUGUGGGAGAUGUUUACACACGGACAGGAGCCAUGGCUAGGACUCAAUGGCAGCCAGAUUCUCCAUAAGGUGGAUGUGGAGGGGGAGAGGCUGGUGAAGCCAGAAGACUGUCCCCAGGAUGUUUACAACGUGAUGCUGCAGACCUGGAGCCCUCAGCCUGAUGACAGACCAACAUUCACCGCCCUCAGAGACUUUCUUUUGGAGACCAUGCCUACAGACAUGAGAUCACUGCAGGACUUUGAAGAACCAGACAAACUUCAGAUCAACAUGAAUGACGUCAUCACUGUCAUCGAGGGCAGAGCAGAGCUCUAUUGGUGGAGAGGUCAGAACAGAAGGACGUUACGCGUGGGACAGUUUCCUCGCCACGUGGUCACGUCGGUCAGCGGCCUGUCGGCCCAAGACAUCAGCAGACCCCUCACACACUCCUUCAUUCACACUGGACACGGAGACACUGACCCACACAGGAGCUGGGGGCACGCUGACCGCAUAGACAGCCUGUACUUGGGAAACCCCAUGGACCCUCCUGAUGUUAUGGGAAUGGAUCCUUCCACUGCCCGGCCCACCAAACUACCCAGCCGCACCAGGAUCUCUCCCUCUUUCUGUUUUUGUCUCUCAGAGAAGCCUCCUCCUCGUCCUCCCCAGCCUGCUGUCCUGAUCAAGAAGCCGUUCUAUGACUCUGUGUUAGAUGAUGAUGAUGAAUAUGAAGGUGCUUCGUCGGGGCUGAAGAGGCUGGGCGCGGCUAUUGGCCUUAAACUCCGCCCGGGGGAGGGGUCAGGUGUGAGGUCGGCCAAAAGCGAAGUCUCGCUCAUCGACUUCACCGAUGACAGCUUCAGCUCAGCCACGCCCUCCCCUCUCACUGAGACACGCACACCUGACCAGGACACACUCCAGGACCUUCCUUCCAUCCUGGACUGGCCCCUCCCUCUUCCUGCCUACGACGAGGUUGCCACAGAGGCCGAAGGUCAAUUGGCAGACCAGGAGGUUCGAUCUAUCACUGGAUUGCCAGAGGGGAUGUUGGCUCCGCCCAACACUAAUGCAGAGAGGAGGGGCUUAACUCAGUCAGCUGAUCUGUUCCAGGAGCUGCAGAGAGAGGUGAUGGUGAAGCUGCGUGUUCCCAUGACAGCUGGCCGUUCCCUCCCCUCCUCCCCCCUCCCCCUCUCCCUGGCCCCUCACAGACAGAUCUACCUUCCUCCCCCCUCCUCUUCCUCCUAUGAGGACAGACCCAUGCUACCUCCACGCUCCCCCAUCCCACCGCUCCGCUCCUCCAAACGCGUUUCCCUAUGUGAGAGGGAAAACACACCCCCUCAGAUCCCUCCCAGAGUCCACGCCUUCUCUCAGCCCUCCUCACGCUCCUCCUCCCCCCUUCCUUUAGUGCUUCCCCUCUCUGUCUCCCCUCUCUCCUCCUCCCUUUGUCUCCCCCCUCCUCCCCUCUCCUUCUCUCCUCGUCAGAGAACUGGACUAUAUGGGGUUGUUGGUCCUCUCGGCUCUCUAAUCUCCUCCACCCCCUCUUCCUCUCCUCCCUCCUCCUCCCUCUAUUCCUCCAUGCUUAUGGCUGCCCCUCCCCCCAGUUCCUCAUUGGAUCCCCUCUCUGAGGGGCGUGGCCUGUCAAUACUUAUUGACAACUCUCAGAGUUCUGAACGCCCCGCCUACUUAGAGAGGUAUGGAGCCACCAAAAUGGCCACCGUCCGACCCAUGGUGCAACAGCAGCCAGGUGGGGGUGGGGCCAGGCCUAACUCCUCCCACAACAACAAUAACCACAGGACUCAACAUUUAACUACAGCUCCCAGCAGGCAACGGGAGAACGGCCUCAUUCAGGUAGAACAGUUGUUCCAGCUGGGUCUGCGUUCUAGAAUAGAGUGCCAGGAGGUUCUAGAGCGUUGCCAGUGGAACCUAGAACAGGCAAGCACCAUGCUACUGGACUCUUGUGGAAAAGUAGGCUGAGACAGACUCCAGGACUACUGACCUACAGACUUAAAACUACUGAUCUUUAACCCUACAGACCUACUGUUCUAAAAACUACAGACCUGAAACAACAAACCUUUACCUAUUACUACAAACCUACUGUUCUAAAAACUACAGACCUGAAACAACAAACCUUUACCUAUUACUACAGACCUUUAACUACAGACCUGAAACAACAAACAUUUACCUAUUACUACAGACUUUUAACUACAGACCUGAAACAACAAACCUUUACCUAUUACUACAGACCUGCAACAACAAACCUUUACCUAUUACUACAGACCUGAAACAACAAACCUUUACCUAUUACUACAGACCUGAAACAACAAACCUUUACCUAUUACUACAGACCUGAAACAACAAACCUUUACCUAUUACUACAGACCUGAAACAACAAACCUUUACCUAUUACUACAGACCUUUAUCUACAGACCUGAAACAACAAACCUUUACCUUUAUCUACAGACCUGAAACAACAAACCUUUACCUAUUACUACAGACCUGAAACAACAAACCUUUACCUAUUACUACAGACCUUUAACUACAGAUCAGCCACCUGUAUACUAGAGAACUCUGACAAUGAGGUGAAGCCAACCGAUUUAAGGCUGGAGAGUAGAAGCUCACAGAGGGGGGGGGGGGGGG